AGUGGUGGUGGCGGUGGAGGAGGAGGAGGAACACAUCGCGGCGCGGCUUAACCCACGCCUCUCCUCUGCGAACGCGCAUGCGCGCGGCGGCGAAGGCCGGGGGCGGGGCCUGCUAACCCCUUGGAGGAGGAGAUGGAGGAGGAGCUGGGGUUGGAGCUGGGCGUGUCUCCGUCGCCGUCACGCAUCGGCAGCGCCCACUCCUGCUCCUCCCUCCUCCGCCUUGAACAGGAGGCCAAGCGCAAGAAGCGGGCGCAGCAGCAGCAGCGCAAGGCCGCCGACAUCAUGCCGGGUGAGAGGCGCUAACGUUCGCCGCGCGGGAACCUUUGGAGUGACGUCACUCCGCUUGGCUGGGGGUGGGGGAGAGAGGCGAGAGAAGCUGCCCGUUAGUUAUCUCCUCCCCGGGGAAACCUCCAUCUCUACCGCCCUAGUGAGUUGCUAUUAUUAACAUGCCACUUGGUGCCCCGCCAUUGUUCCAGUGAUCUCGGGAUAAUCCCGUCCCCGUCCAUGUUAUCACCAUCACCACAACAACCCUGCAGGGUAGGGCAGAUGGAAUGGCUGGCUCACUGAGUGACCUUGAUGGCUGGGCGAGGGGUACAAGGGGACCUUGGGGCACAGGUUCUCCACGUACCCGUGGGUCGUUUUACUAAACUUUUACCUAUGUUAAUCUGUUGUGACCCGUGGACAGCCUGAAAGGGCAAGCAAGGGCUGUGGGAUGGAGACCCCGAAGCGUUUGAAAGACUCCUCACAAAUUCCCCUCAUGGAAGUGAUUCCUACUACUAAUCGGACCCCCAAGUGUCCCCAUUUCCCACGGACAGUCAGUCCAGGAUUUGCAGAAGGAUUUGCAGUUUCUGAUUUGAUUCUGAAAUGUCCCUUUGGACAUCCCUAUUUCAUCAGAGGGUAUGGUCAGUGAUCUGACCCCCGAGCCAUCUGAAGGCAGCCCUGUACAGUAUAGGCAAGUUUUUUUUAAUGUUUGAUGCUUUAUGCUUUAUGUUUUUAUGUAUGUUGGAAGCCACCCAGAGUGACUGGGUGGUAUAAAUAGUAAAAUAAUAAUAAUAAUAAUAAUAAUAAUAAUAAUAAUAAUAAUUAAUAAUAAUAAUGGAAUUAGGACAUCCCUAUUCUCAUUGGAGAAAUGUUGGAGGGUAUGCUAUGUGCUACAGGCAACCAGAUGGAAAGCUGUUUAUCAGUUACCUGUCAGCUGCGUGUUGUUGAGCCUGGUACUAUGCCAUGCCUUUCGUAUCGUGUGUUGUGGUUCUUAUAGAUUGAGCCUCCUUAAGAUGAAACAUAGGAAAUUGCCUGAUACUGUCUGUCUGUCUGUCCAUCCAACUCAGUGCUACCCUUACUGAUUGGCAGCGGCUGUCCAGGAUUUCAGGCAGGGAGAAUUUUCCCAGCCGUACCUUGAGAUGCCAAGGAUUGAACCUGGGACUUUCUGCCUGCAUAGUAGAUGCUCUGCUACUGAGCUACAGCUCUUCCCUUGAGGAUCUUCAAACAGACAUCAUUUGACAAGGGUGCAAGCCAUUGCACAGUGCUAAAGCAUAGACUUUUCCACGCAGAAGGCCCCAUGUUUAAUCCCCAGCAUCUGUAGUGAAAAAGAACUUGAAUAAUGGCUUUUGGAAAGGCCUUCAGCUGAAGUCUUAGAAAGUUUCUGUUAAGAGUGGAAAAUACUAGGCUAGACAGAAUAGUGGACUGGCUCAGGAUAAGGCAGCUUCAGGUGGCAUCUUUAUGGAUAAAUCAUAAUGUGAAGCAGAGACAUCCCACUGUAUCAGUAAAAGAUGAACCUGGUGUUUUAAAGAUUGAAUGUGCUAUAAUUCCUCUUGUUGACGGUGUGGAUAGAGGGCGAAUUUCUAUGUUAUCUCUUAUUUUAUAAACCCAGCAAUUUAGCCCCCCCCCCCCCCGCAAAUACAAAAAUAUUUCAAGUUUAAGGUUCUACAAGUGUUUUGCUGUGUUAUUUAGGGUUGCUGCCUUGCAGGGGUGAGGAACCUGUAGCCUUCCAGAUGUUGUAAGACUCCAACUGCUAUAAACUCUGGUCACUAUCUGUCCUGGCUGGGGCUGAUGGGCGUUGGUGUCCAGCAACAUCUGGAGGGCCCUUAUUCCCCAGCCCUACUUGUAUUGCUUAAAUAACAGGUGAAAGCUUCCUUCUGCUCCUCUGUCUACAGUAGGCAACAAUUGGGCAGCAGUUGGGCCUUGCUCAAAUAGGAUAGAAGUUCAGCAAUGGGCUUUAUCUUCUUCCUUGCUCAUGUCUUUUUUCUUGAUUUUGCAGUAGGGCGAAGCAGUGAUGACGUGCUGGAUCUGACCAAGUACACAAAAAACCAGCCAUGGUGGCGCAAGCUCUUUGCACCCAACUCAGGGUCCAGUGCAGAGAAGUACAACGUAGCAACCCAGCUGGCAAUCGGAGGCGCCACUGGAUGGUGAGGCAGUGCUGUACAUUGGCUGCAUUUGUGGUAGAUGGCAGGGGAAGGGGACAGCAAAUUCACCCAACUCUUGUAGUAACACAGUCUCUGUGCUACAGAUUGCCAUUUUUUCUUACUGCAGAUGGAGCUGCCUUGUCAGUUAUUCUGUAUAGUUGAUGUAAUUUUCCUGAAUUAUCCCCGUUUUUGAUUUGCAGGUGCACUGGCUUCAUCUUCCAGAAGGUUGGGAAACUGGCGGCGACUGCUGUGGGAGGUGGCUUCUUCCUGCUUCAGGUUGGUGGUUGCCUACCUUGGAUUUGGGAGUAGUUGACUAGUAGAGUGGGGUAUCUUGGCUGCCUUAACUGCAGAAAACUGCAUGCAGCUGUGACUCAUCUUUUUCACAUGAGUGGUUUAAUUGGAUGUCUAGGCAGCAUCCACAACCCAGCCCUAGUUGGAGCCUCUUGUUCACUGGCUUGCCUGUGCAGGAGAUUCAAGUUGGAACACUUUGGUAGUUCCUUUUAUAGCUGUGCCAAAUGGCCUCUUGAUAUUUUCCACCCUGUUUGUGGGCAGAUAAAUUUUGAGUGAUGGUGGUUGAUUUCACCAUAUUCUCCAGGAUAGAGCCCACCAUUAGCGGUGGCUUUCUUUUCUGCUAAUGUAUUUUUCUCAGCUGACAAUCCCUGAAAGUGGCAGCAACAACUAUUUGUGUUGGGCAGCUUAAGCACCAUUUUGCAUACUUAGCAGGACUCCAAAUUUGUUCUGAUGGUGGUGAACAGUAUCCACUACAAAAAAAAUAGGGAAAUUUCUGCACUGUGACGAGUCUUUGCUUGUAGGGGAAGAGGGGGGGAAAUGGAUAAACAUCAUUUGCAGCAUUUUGGCUCAGCUGUAGUUUCUUCAUCAUUCCCUGGCAGAGCUUUAAAAUAUUCCUGGCAGUGGCAGCAUCUAGUUCGCAGUUGCUGCAGCUGCAUAUUGCUGAAUCUGGUGCUAUGCCAUGCCUUGCAAAUAAUGUGUGUUGCUGUUCUUAUAGAGGCUCUGGGCAUUUCAGCAGCCUACAGACAGGUUGUUGCACUUAAUGGAGUGCCAGCACAGUAUAGUAGCUAGGGUGUUGAACUGGGACCUGGUAGGCUAGGGUUCAAAUCCCAGCUCAGCCAUGAACCCAUCUUGCAGGAUUGUUGUGAGAAUAAACAGGGAGGUGGGAGGACCAUGUAUGCUGCCCUGAAGUCUUUGGACUGAUUGAAAUAUCUGGCUGAAAUGCUACAAGUGAAGUUUUCUGUCUAGAGACAUAGUGGCUUGUAUACAAUGUUAGUCCUACUCAGAGUAGACUCAUUAAAAUUAAUGGGCAUAGCUAACUUGAGCCCAUUCAUUUCAAUGGGUCUACUCUGGCUAAAACCUAGAUUCAACCCAGUGUGUGUGUUGUGGGGUAAUGCAUCAUAUCUUGAUAUCUGCCUAUCAUAGAUCUGUUAAAGCAGGUGUGAGGAAAUUUCGGCCCUGCAGAUAUUACUGAACUCCAAUUCCUACCACUGGCCAUGCUAGCUAGGUCUGAUGGGAGUUGUAGUUCAGCAGCAUCUGGAAGGUCAACGGUUCCCCACUCCUGUGCUAAAGAUAUAGGGCCUCUGUAAAUAUUAAUAUAAAAAGAGAAGAUGAUAGCAAGCCUUUUUGUCUUCCAGCUGGAUUAUCAAAGGAUCUCUGAUUUUUCUUUUCUAAAACAUUGGUUUGUGCAAUAUAGAGUUUUGGUUGCCACUGGAGAAGAUUCUGAUAGCAUCAACAGCAACACAUGAUCACUUGCAGCAAAGCCAAUCCACUGCUAAUUUUAAACAUCAGCAUCAGUGGAACAGCUCCUCUAUUUUAAGCUUGGUGCUCACACAAAAAAAUGAUCUUCGUUUGAACCAUACUUGCUUCUGUGCCUUUCUAUUCCAGCUUCCAUGCAGGUCUUCCAUGUGAUAGAAGAAAAGUGCUAGAGUGUACUGGGGAAUGCACUGGCUCAGUGGGCUCUUCAGUCAUCCAUGGACUCCCCCAAAAUUGCUCAGUCUUACCGAGUACUGGCAUUGGUUAUAUUUGUUUGAUUCAUCCAGGCUUUUCUUAAAACAUCCAUUCCAGGGUUUGUGUGGGCAACAGAGCCCUGCAGUCCUGAUUCUUUGUGUUAGAUUACCAGUCUUCCUGCUGGACAGCCAAUUGUAUUCUGUACACAUUAAGCAGUAAUUCUUAACUUUUUCAGACCUGGGAUGCAUCUGUAACUUGUUCAUGCAUUUCUUGACUGACUGGGUUUAAAAAACAAAAACAAAACACCAUAUACUUAUAUAUUGGUAAGUGCUGCUGUUGUGAUCUACCUUAGAUCAAGCUGUGAUCCAGUAGUGACUCCUAAUUCACCGGUUGAAGGCCAGUGCAUUAAAGCAGGUGUGUCAAACUUUUGGCCUUCAAUAUGCUGCUCAACUACAGAUUGUAUCAUAACUGGCCAUUGACUGUGCUUCCUGAGGUUGAUGGGAGUUGUAGUUCAGCAACAUCUAGAGGGUCAAUGGUUCCACACACCUGCACUAAAGAAGGCUAGGUUCCUGCUGUCCUUGACUCCAAAUGCUGUUUUGUUCACUGCUUUUCUCAAUAGCUGCAACUCAUUGGAAGGGCAGUUCUCCUGGGGCUACUGCUUUGAGCUGCUAUGUAGCAAUGUGGAUGGGGUACAAGAAAUGGGCAGUGCUGUCCAUAAAUACUUAUCCAGCUAGACGUGUAGUGUUUUGCUUCAGGAAACAUUUUCUCUACUCCAGCUUGCAAACCACACAGGCUACAUCAAAGUGGACUGGCAAAUGGUUGAGCGGGAUGUGAGCAAAGCCAAAGAACAGCUGAAGUUUCGUGGGAGCACCACCAAUCAGCUGACACCAGAAGUGAAGAGCAAAAUGGAUGAGGUGAGACUGGUGGGCAAGUUGGAGAGAUAUGGGAGGCUAGCAGCAAAGCCUUGAGUAGGAAAAAGUGUUUGAUGUGAUAACUGUGCAGUAAAGAGGAGAUGGGCACAAAUUAUUAAAUAUGUUAUGGGGGACCUGCAGAUAUUAUUAGACACCCAACUCCCAUCGCUCCUGUUCUGGACUACUGGCCCAAAGGAGGGCUUCUGGGACUGUUUGGGUGCAGGUGUAUCAUCAUCAUCAUUUUAUUUGUAUGCUGCCUUUCCAUAGUUGAAACUAUGCUCAAGGCGGCUUACAACAUGACAAGAUUGACAUAAUUACAAACAUAACAGAAGUCAUAAACAAUCAAUAAAAAACAUCAAAAAGUACAUAACCACAUGGAAACAAUUUCCACGUAAAUCAUAAGAUCUAAAACUAAAGAUACAGCAAUAAUAUCAAUAACAGCAACAAGCUCUCUCAACCUCCUGUGAACAUUACUCCAGCCCAAGAAUCUGUUGGUUGCUUAAAAUGCCAGAGUUGUAAGUUCUGGUGCUUUACUAAAGAAGGGGUAGACUUGCAGCAAAUCAGCCUGACAGUUUUCCUAGCCUUUGCAGAUGUGGGAAAAGAGAUGACUUAUCCACACUCAAGCAAAUGUUUAUACAUUCUUUAUACAGCAAAGCAGCACACAUCAUUUCACCUGGCUAGAUGAGAGCAUAGGUGGCAAAUACCUUACAGAUAGUUCUCCUUUCUGGGCUCAGAGCCCAGCACUCCAAGACCACAGAUAAGGAUCACAUCAAAGCAAGCCAAUUACCGUAUUUUUCACCCUAUAGGACGCACCUUUUCCCCUCCAAAAAUGAAGGGGAAAUGUGUGUGCGUCCUAUGGGGCGAAUGCAGGCUUUCGCUGAAGCUUGGAGAGCGAGAGGGGUCAGUGCGCACCGACCCCUCUCGCUCUCCAGGCUUCAGGAGAGCCCCAGCCCCACAAGGUUGGGGGACAGCGGGGAGGCGGAACGCCGCCAUCCCGCUGUCUCCCAAUGUGGUUUGGAGGCUGACGGCGGGGAGAUGCGUGCUUCUCCCCGCCGCCAGCCCCGCAAGCUCCGGGGACAGCUGGGAGGCGCAGCGCGUCUUCCCGCUGUCCCCGAACCUGGUCUGAAGGCGGGCGGCGGGGAGAAGAGCGCUUCUCCCCGCUGCUGCCCCGGAAGCGCUUGGGGGGGAAAUAAUUUUUUCCCCCUUUAUUUCCCCUCAAAAAAACUUGGUGUGUCCUAUGGGCCAGUGCGUCCUAUGGGGCAAAAAAUACGGUAACAUAUAUCAAAACAAGUGAAUAUAAACAUAUAUAUGAGCUCAUUGUUACAGCAGCUACCAAUUAAUUAUGGGAUUAUCUUGACUAUCAGUAUGGCGUUAGCAAAGCUUCUGAAACAGUUAGCCUUUGGUUCAAUACAACUCUUAAGCCAGGAUAGAGGUCCACAGGUUUCCCAUCCUUGCAUUAAAUUGAGAGGGAGGUGUGAGAGCAGACAGUGUUUGCUUACCGAGUAUGGCUGUAACAAAAUCAAGAUGGUACACUGAAGGGAGAGCCAGUUUGUCAGCAGCAGAUUUCAGAUUUCAAGUACAGUUGAUAGCUUCUAGGCAGAAUCCAGAGAGAGUUCUCACUUCUGAAGACUCUGGUCUGAGUAGGCCUGCACAACCAGUGGCCCACAGAGUCGGGGCCCUUAUGCUUGCUGCCGCCUUAUAAUUGCAAAUGUGGGGGUAUCUUUUUGUCAGGCACUUGAGCAGCCACAAUGCAUGUCCAGGAGGCAACAUGUAGCUUCUGAAAAUCAAAUAGGGACCAAUAUAAGAUUUGUCUUUUCUCUUUUUCAGGUGAUCUCCUUUCUGAAGAAGAAUGUUCUCCUGACUGGAGGGUUCGUUGGAGGGUUUCUGCUUGGCAUGGCUUCUUAGGAGCCUCCUCUGAUCUGGCUCCUGUGCUGCUGUUGCUGCCACCGCCAUCUCCUACUCAGUAAUCGUUCGUUUUCUCCAUUGCUGAACUUGUCCGCUGGAACAUUCUGACAUCUCUCUGUAUGCACCUUAUGGCCUCCAGAAACACUGCCACAAGCUCCUUUUGCUCCUCUCCUUUUUUCAUUUGAUUGAUUGGUCAGUGGUUGAGAGGUAGCAUUAGGCUGAAGGCUGUUUGCUGUGAGGCUGAUUCCUACCCCUGCCUGAUAUGUCAGGUUUUGUAUAAUCAUCCCCAAAUUCUUUUCCAGUGGGAAAACGUGCACAAAAUGUUAUGAUAGUACCCUGCAGGGGAGCACCCAACUCCCUUGUAGGCACCUUCUCAUUGUGUUGUACCCCCUGGGUGGCAAAGAGUACAGCCUGUGCUUUGGAGAGCACAGAAGCUCAGCAGCCUAAGGAGAGGGUGUGCCAGGCCAUGUCCCAAAAUAACCUGCAUCUAGUUUUGGCUUAUUCUUCCCUGGACAGGCUCUGAAUACUACUUCCUAGAAAUGCCCGCAGAAGAGAGAAACAGGUCUUCCUGACAUCUCCCAAACUUUUAUUUUUACCUCUUGCUGAAGCCACAGAGCUGGAAUGAUCUGUGGAAACUCUGACUGCUGCGUGGGAUUUCUGCCAUCCUCUCUUGCUGAAGGAGGCCUGAAAAGCUUGUAGUGGGUGGGAUGAACCCUCUUCCCUGAAUAUGUAUUUUGAACACUCACUUGAUUAUGAUUCAACUAAACUUUGCUCUAGGUGGUAGAACGGCUAAAAUAAUGACAGGAGUUGGAAAGCUUUCUACAUGACUCACGCCAUUGGUAGCAAAAGUUACUGGAUUAUGGGGAUGGAAUGCUGUGUUUUGCUGCUGGAGCCUCCUGCUCUGUCUUUUAUGGACCUCCAGCUCCCUGAAAUGUAUGGAGGAAGAGCUAGGCAUGGUCUGCUGUUGCUGUAAACCAGCCUUCUCCAACCUGGUGCCCUCCAGAUAUUUUGGUCUUAGCAGCCCCAGCCAGCAUAGCCAAAGGGAGUUGUAGUCCAAAAUAUCUGCAUGCCACCACUCUGGGGAAAGUUUUUCUAGAUCAUGAGUGCUGCAUGAGAGAUGUGACUCUUGCCCCCCAAACUGAAGAUGGAGAAGUAAUGGUUGGAUUAUAUUGACAGAAGUUGGUUUAUCUCUGCAUGAGUUGCAUUCUGGACAGAAGCCUGCACUUUUCAUAUCUGCUCCAGAAGCACUUAAAGCUGAUUUUCUAAUACGUGUUUUUUCCCCCCUCCUGCAGUCCCUACCUGUCUGUUACAAUAUACAUGUAAAAAUUAAAAUGAUAUCCUGAGCUACGUUUAUAAAUGAACAGAUUUAUUAUAGCAGAAGCUUUAAUGGCUCUCCAGGUGGAGCUGCACUGCAACUCUCAUCAUGCCAUCAACUAUGCUGGGUGACCGAUAGAAGUUGGAGUCUGGCAACUUCUGAAGGGCUUCCCCAGCCCUGGCUUUUAAAAAUACUACUCUUGUUAGUUCAUUCUUGCAAAAGGCUGCUCUGCAAAUUUAUUAUUUAUUUAUUUAUUUAUUAAAUGUAUAUACCAUCCUUCAUCCAGAGAUUACAGGGUGGUUUGCGGCAUAAAAAUAAAAAAUGGAAACGCAAUAUAUAUAACAUAUUAACACAAAAAAACCCCAAUAAUCCCUUGUCCCCCAAACACAUUUAAAAGGCCAUAAAUUGUUUAAUCAGCCAAAGAUGCUUUCACCUAGCACCUAAAGAUAUGUAACGAAGCUGCCAGGGCAGCCUCCCUGAGAGAGCAUUCGACAGAUGGGGAGCCACUGCAGAAAAGGCCCAUUCUCGUGUUGUCACCCUCCAGACCUCUUGAGAAGGGGCCACAUGAAGAAGGGCCUCAGAUGACGCUUUCAGAAUCUGGGUCAGUUCAUACGGGGAGAGGUGAUCCUUGAGGUAUUGCGAUCCUGAGCCGUUUAAGGCUUUAUAGGUCAAACCCAGGACUUUGAAUUGGGCCUGGAAACUAAUUGGUAGCCAGUGCAGUCAGGCCAGGAUUAGUGUUAUAUCCUCGAACCGUCUUGCUCAGGUGAGCAACCCCGCUGCUGAAUUUCGCAGCAGCUGAAGCUUCCAAAUUCCAAAGGCAGCUCCAUGCAUAAUGUGUUACAGUAAUCUAACCUAGAGGUUAUCAGAGCAUAGACAACAGAAACUAGGUUAUCCCUGUCCAGAUAGGGUCACAGAUGGGCCACCAGCCGAAGCUGAUAGAAGGCACUCUAUGCCACCAAGGCCACUUGAGCCUCAAGCAACAGCAGUGGGUCCAGGAGUACCCUCCACAGCUACGUUCUUGCUCCUUCAGAGGGCAGGAAACCUCCCAUCCUGGUCUAGUGAACCACCCACUAACAGUGCCUCAGUCUUAUCUGGAUUGAGCUUCAUUUUGUUGGCUCUCAUCCAGUCCUUUACCAAGGCAAGACAAUGAUCCAGCAUAUCCACUGCCACAUUUGCAGAUGUAAAGGAGAAGUAGAGUUUUGUGUGAGUAGCAUAUUGCUGACAGUACUCCAAAACUCCAUAUGACCCCACUCAGCAGUUUCAUGUAGAUGUUAAACAACAUGGAGGAUGAAAUCAAACUCUGUGGAACGCAUAUUGAAGGUUCCAUGGGGCUGAACAGAACACCCCAAGCAUCACAGUCUGAAAACGUCCAUCCAAGUAGGACCAGAACCACUUCAAAGCAGUGCUGCCCAUCCUUAACUCAGACAGCCGCUCCAGAAGGAUACCAUGCCUGAUGCUAUAAAAAGCCACUGAGAAGUCAAGGAAAAUAAUAAUAAUAAUAAUAAUAAUAAUAAUAAUAAUAAAAAAUUUUAUUUAUAUUCCGCCCUCCCCAGCCGAAGCCGGGCUCAGGGCGGCUAACAACACUAAUUCACAAUUCACAAAGACAUAUUUCCCCUGUCUCUCUCCUAACAAAAGUCAUCAUACAGGGCGAGUAAAGCGGUUUCUGUGCUAAAGGUGGGCCUAAAUACUGAUUGAAAUGGAUCUAGAAAAUCAGUUUCCUCCAAGAAAAUGGAUCUGGUCUGUGACCACCCACUCAGUAACUCUGUCUAAGAAGGGGGACAAGGAUAUUGGCAAGCUAAAACAUGUAGAGCAGGGCAACCAAGAUGAUCAAGGGUCUUGAAACCAAGCCUUAUCAGGAACAGUUGAGAGUUGGGUAUAUUUUGCCUGGAAAAGAGACUGAGAGAAGAUUUGAUAGCUGUCUUCAAAUACCUAAAGGGCUUGUUUUCUUCUGCUCUGGAGGCUAGGACUGAAACAAUGGUUUCAAGAUAUGAGAAAGUAGAUGACGACUAAAUAUCUGGAGCUUUGUUAUGGCAAGAGCUGUUCAACGGUGAAAUGGACUCCCUCAGAAGGCGGGGGGCCGUCUUUCAUUGGAGGUCUUUAAGCAGAGUUUUGAUGGCCAUCAGUCAGAUGCUUUAGUUGAGAUUCUUGCACUGCAGGGGGUUAGACUAGAUGAGCCUUGGGGCCCUUUACAACUCUGUGAUUCUAUGACCCCAGUUCCCAUCAAUCCUAUCCACCAGUGAAUGAUGACGAAUGAUGGGAGUUAGAUUUCAACAACAUCUGGAGCGCCACAGAUCUGAGGAAUAAACAGUAUAUUUGGGUGCUGCUUUUUCGCCAAUCUCAUUUAUUUUUUGACUUUAUCAGGAUUUCAUUGCCUCUCGAGCAAUGAUUGAAAGAGCCAAUCUGUUAAGUGGCCACCAGAGGGUGCUAAAAGAAUUGAGCUGGCCUCCAAUUUGAAAACAAGGGCAUAAAUUAGGAAGAGCUAUGUUGAUGAGAGAGAGAGACCAUCAAUGAAGGUGGGGUGUUUUUUUUUGUUAAAAAACAAACCCAAAGCAGCCACCCACAAAAACUCCAGUAGCUACCCACACUUGAGUCUAGAAAAGUGCUAAAAGUUUCAAAAUGUUUUUAUAUGAUAUUUAAAUGUUUGAGGUGAGAGUUUAAAAUAAACUGGUUUUGCUGUA